AUGUAAGUCACUCUACCCAUACUCUCUCAUGGACAGAAGCUUAAUUACAUAUAGCAGAAGCCCGGCUACUCUUUAAAGGGAGGCGGCAGAGCUGCUGCUCCAGGAAUGGGAGGGCACUCUUCAAAUGUUUUUGCAAUGGGUGCAGCAUCAUCCUCAAGACAGGACAGAUCUUACUACAAGAGUCUGUAUCAUUUCAAUGCUGAUGUCGAACUUGCUGAGUAUUCCUUACCUAUACUAUCAAACUAACAACAGUCUGUGCCUAAGCACGGCUAAAACCAAAGACUUUCCUCGGGAGUUAUCAACUCCACAUAACUUCCUCCUAUUAAUUAGCAGAAAAGCACAUCUGAGAAGAGAAGACAAGGAGGAAGCUAUGAUGAGGAACAUGCUAUCGAUGAAAUGGACGAGGACAUGGGAAUGGAUCAAGUUGACGAGAUGGACGAGGAAAUGAACGGCGACAUGGACGUUUAUGGGGAAGAAGAAGAGGAGAGAAUGAAUCAGUCUAUUGGUUUCGAAGAAUUCAGACAAGUCAUUGAGAACAAUGAAGAUGAGUCUAAGAGCAAGGCUUUACAAGCCAGAACUGCUAACUUCAUCAGAAAGGGUACCCCAAUCUACGAGAUGCUUAUCAAGAUAAAGUCAGGAGAGCAGGCCAUAUCUUUCUUCGCUUAACAUGGUAACAGCACUCCAAUCAAAUUCUUGAACUGCAACAGAGCUCCUGUGCCACCACAUAUGUUUAGACCAUAUGAUUUGGUUGUUUAAAUCGAUGAAAAGGCCCUCAAGAAUGAUUACUUCACUAUUUCAGCUCAGGGAGUGGUUCAUAUUUGCCCAGAUAGGAACAAGAAAAUUCAAAAGGGAGAAGUAGUCCCCACAGAAUUCUUUUCAUUGAGUGACUGGAUGCAACAAUCAACUAUGUACAACGUUUUGACCUCCAUGAAAUUCUUCAAACACUACUUGAUUGGAAAGGUCUUCAACUCCUGGAAAGGUAAUGUUCGUUUCAAGAUGUACAACAGAACCAGACAAAACCUCGCUAGAAACCUUAUCCUAUCCAGGCCAGCUUUCAUUGGUACAUUCAUGGAUAUCAAUAAAACUCUCUUUGAAAUGAAGUCACUCCAAACCUUCAUUGUUCCUAAGGUCGGAUCAAAGCAAUUCGAGCUUGAGGACUUCUUCAGAGAACAAAAGAACGAAAGAGAAAUGGUCAAGUAGCACUAUAACGACAAAGUUGAAGAACUCAUUAAGAAACUUGAUGGACUAGUCUCAAACGUUGGAGAGUCCAGAACUCUCAGAGAAGAGGAAGAUUUGGAGCAUUCUAAGAUGGGUUAGCAAACCAAAAACAAAUCAAUGGUACUUCAAAAGCAAGAAGAUGAAUUGAAGUCAAGAGUACUUAGACUAGCCAAGAGAAACUACCACAGUCUCGGAACAUUCAUCAGAUUGAUAGACUACAUGGUAGUGGAGACACAAGUCAAAAUCAAUCAAGAGUCAGCAGACUUGAUCCUCUACGAGAUGAAGAACACCAAGAAGUACAGUAUCUCUACAACUGUCAGCUAUGAUACCAAAGAGGUAGGACUGUCAUUCAACCCAACCAAGAACGAAUUCUUCACUCAGUUUGACAAGAUUCUUCAAGACAUGCUUUCAGUAACUGCCGAGGUAGUUAGAGUCAUCUCGCAUCCAAACUUCAACCAAUUCAUUCAAGGACUUAUCUCAGAUUCUGGUCCUAAAUUCAAGAGCAUCGUUGAGGGAUCUUUCCAAUAUCAAGCUUCAAAGGAGGCUAUUCAGAACAGAAUCGACCAAGACUUCAAGGAUCAACUUGUUGAGAUCUAGAAGAUUGAGAACUGCAGAGAGAUCAAUGACUUCGACACCACAUUUGAUUUUGAGGAUUUCAAGCAAUUGCACCAGGACAUCGAGUCAAUAAAGACAUGGCUCGACAAACUUGUCAAGUGGGAACUCAGCAUCAACAAAAACAUCAAGACUUACUAUCAACAGGGAUUUGUCUACAUUCUUGGAAAGAAACUCAGAGACAGACUCACUAAAAGAGUCAAGGAUGAGAUCCAAAACAUGAAGCAAUUCCUAUUUGAUCUUGCUGACUAAAAGAGCAAGGAUAUUAUCAAAGCCUUGGAAAGGAUCAAGAUCUCAUUGGGCAAGCCUCAAUACCCACUGGCAACAUAUGUAGACUACGUCCACACUUUGAAGAUGUGCAAGAACCAAAAGGACAACUUGAUUGAGGAGAAGAAGCGUCUUGAAGAGAUGAAUGUAGUGCUUAGAAGAUACAAGUCUAAGGAUGAGAUGAGUUUCAACACCCAGCACUAACUGCUCAUUCAGAAACUUGAAAUCAUAGUCCAGAGUAUCACCGAGGUCGAAACACUUAUUUCUGGAGCUGAGGGUUCAAUCGCUGAGUCCAAGGACAACAACGUUGAGGAGCUUGACAAGAAGAUCAAUGAGGAGAAGGAAAAGAUCACCAACCAGGUUGAAAGACUCUCCUCUGAAAGUCUCAUGGCAAAGAACACUCCCUCAGCUGGAGCACUUGAUGAACUUAACAAAAUCAAGAAGAAGUUCGAUGACUCAGUCAAGAGACUUAAUCAAUACAAGACUUAUCAAGAGAUUCUUGAAAUCAACCCAUCUGGCAUCAAGGAAAUAGAAGACUUCACCAAGAAAUUCGAUAUCAGACACAAACUAUGGAAGAACAGAGAGAGAUUCGCUGAGUUGAGCAAGAAAUGGUACGGAGAUGCCUUCCUUGAACUAGACGCCCAAGAAAUAGUACAGAAUGUUAAGGACUACGAAAAGGACAAUCUCAUUCUUAAGACUUAGCUACCAAGAGAUCAAAAGGAUGAAGUGCUAGAGUCUUUGCAAACAGAAGUUAAGGCAGUAUCAAUUCACAGUAACCUCAUCCAGGCCCUAGGUAAUAAAAACAUGCUGCCACGUCACUGGAACAAAGUAUUCGGUCUAUUAGAAAACUUCACUGCUACUAAUCUCAGACAGUUCACAUUCCAGCACUUGCUGAACGAAGGUAUUGCAGAUCACUUUGAAAAGAUUGAAGAAAUCUCAGCUAUGGCAUCUGGAGAAGCUACAAUUGAGCAGACUCUUAAUGAUAUCAUUGCCAUCUGGAGAGAAAUGCAAUUCACUGUCUUGAAUUACAGAGACACCAAGGAUAGAUUUAUCAUUGCUGAUGUUGAGGACACCAUCACUUAACUCGAAGACAACCAAAUGAGUAUUGGUACUAUGAUGGGAAGCAAGCACGUUACUGAAAUCAGAGCUCAAGUCGAAGAAUGGGAGAAGAAAUUGGGUUACAUCGGUGAUGUGAUCGAUGAGUGGCUAACCUUCCAAAGACAAUGGAUGUAUCUUGAAAACAUCUUCAACGCUGAAGAUAUCCAGAAGCAAUUGCCUAACGAGGCCAAACUCUUCCAGCAAGUUGAUAAGUUCUGGAGAGAUAUCAUGAUGAGAACCAAGAAAUCACCAAUCAUUAUAGAGUGCUGCAGCAGUGACGCCUUACUCUCAAAGUUCCAAAAUGCUAACAAAACUCUUGAAGAUAUUCAGAAAUCACUUGAGGACUACCUCGAGACCAAGAGAGGAGCCUUCCCCAGAUUCUAUUUCUUGUCAAAUGAUGAGUUGCUCGAAAUUCUGUCACAAACCAGAAAUGCUCAUGCCGUGCAACCUCACUUGAGAAAGUGCUUUGAUAACAUUAUGAAGAUCGAGUUCAAAGCUGAAAAGGGAUCUAAGGAGAUUGUUGGUAUGUGGUCAGCAGAACAAGAGUACGUUGAAUUCUCAGAAUCAGUCUUUGCAGAAGGUAACGUCGAAUUCUGGUUGAUGAAUAUUGAGAAAAUGAUGGUUAAGUCAUUGUAUGAUUUCACUAAGAAGGCUCUAGUUGAGUACCCAGAGAAUGGAGUUGAAAGAAACAAGUGGCUUUUUGACUAUGCUGCUCAGCCAGUUAUCACAAUCGAUCAAGUCAAGUGGACAAAUGGUGUUACUGACGCACUUGCUGAAAUUAUGAAAGGAAAGAACAAGAAAGCUCUAGACGAAUUUUUGGAAUUCUCACUUCAACAACUAUCAAAGAUGGUAGAGUUAGUUAGAAGAGAUCUUAACAGACUUGAAAGAGCAGUAAUGGGAGCUCUUAUCGUUAUAGAUAUUCACGCUAGAGAUGUCGUUAAGCAAAUGAUCAAAGCAAGAGUCGAGAGUGUAAAUGACUUCGAAUGGACUAGACAGCUUAGAUACUACUGGGAGCAAGAAGAAGAAAAGGAUGAUUGCUUCGCUAGACAGACUAACACUAGAUUCGCAUACGGAUAUGAAUACUUAGGAAACGGUCCUCGUCUUGUUAUCACUCCACUUACUGAUAAGUGUUAUAUGACUCUAACAGGUGCUCUGCAUCUUAAUUAUGGUGGAAACCCACAAGGUCCAGCAGGAACUGGUAAAACUGAGACUACAAAGGAUCUAGCUAAGGCUUUAGCCAUUCAGUGCGUCGUCUUCAAUUGUAGUGAUGGUCUAGAUUACAAAAUGAUGGGAAGAUUCUUUUCAGGUCUGUCUUAAGGUGGCGCUUGGGCUUGUUUCGAUGAGUUUAACAGAAUUGAUAUUGAAGUCUUGUCAGUUAUUGCCCAGCAAAUCCUCACCAUUCAAUCAGCUGUAAGAGCUAAACUACCAGAAUUCGAGUUCAACGAGAAAAUCAUUCCACUCAACCUUAGAUUCGGAGUCUUCAUUACUAUGAACCCAGGUUACGCAGGUCGUACUGAACUCCCUGACAACUUGAAAUCUCUCUUCAGACCAAUUUCUAUGAUGAUCCCCGAUUACAGACUUAUUGCACAGAUUAUUUUGUAUUCUGAAGGUUUCCAAAACGCAGAAGAGCUAUCCAGAAAGAUGGUCCAGUUGUACAAGCUGUCUUCAGAGCAGCUGUCCAAGCAAGACCAUUAUGACUUCGGAAUGAGAGCAGUCAAGUCAGUCUUGGUCAUGGCUGGUUCACUCAGAAGAAAGGAGUCCAAUGCAGAUGAAAACAUGGUGCUGAUCAGAGCUAUGAGAGACUCAAACGUGCCUAAAUUCUUAGAACAUGAUCUACCACUCUUUGAAGGUAUUGUGAACGAUUUGUUCCCUGGAGUUAUAGUGCAGCCAUUUGACUACGGUCUACUGCAACUUGCUAUUGAGAAUCAACUCAGACAGAGAAAGUUUUAAUGCCCACCAAAGUAUGUCAAGAAAGUCAUCUAACUGCUAGAGACCAUGAUGGUCAGACAUGGAGUCAUGUUGGUCGGAUUAACUGGUACUGGCAAGACUACCUGCUGCAAGGUACUUGCUAAGGCUCUAUUCUAACUCUUCAAUGAAGGCCAAAAGGAUCCAUGGUACAGAAGUGUCCAUAUUGAUACAUUGAAUCCAAAGUCAGUUACAAUGGGAGAACUAUUUGGAGAGACUAACAUUUACACCAACGAGUGGACUGAAGGUCUAGUAUCAAAGCUGGUGAAGGAUGCUGUGCAAGCCUUGGAAGGAGAUAAGCCAGAUCAAAAGAGAUGGAUCAACUUCGAUGGUCCAGUCGAUGCUCUUUGGAUCGAGAAUAUGAAUACUGUGCUUGACGAUAAUAAGAUGCUUUGUCUUGCCAAUGGGCAGAGAAUCAAGAUGCCAGAAACCUGCACAAUGAUGUUCGAGGUACAAGACUUGAGAGUCGCCUCUCCAGCUACAGUCUCCAGAUGCGGUAUGGUCUACUUGGAACCAAUCCAUCUUGGAUGGGAACCCCUCAUUGAUACCUGGAAAGAAAACAUGACUGAGGUAAUCCCUGCUAAUCACUUGGAGACUAUCAUCAAGCAUGUGAGAAAAGUAUUCAACAAGAUGCUUCCAUUCAUCAGAGAGGAGUGCAAGGAAAUCGUAGAGUCAGCUAACGUCAACUUAGUCCAAUCCUGCCUCAACAUGAUUCAGUCGUUCUUCAACCCAGAGAAUCUAGACCUCAAAAAGAUAACCAUCUACCCUGAAAAGGUUGUACUCACCUAUCUAGUAUUCUCUAUGAUUUGGUCAUUAGGAGGAAACCUCCAUGAUUCCUCUAGAAAAGCUUUCAAUAAUGCCUUGAAGAGCGAAAUCAUUCAGAUCAUGCCACAGUUCCCAGAUGGAGACAUCUUCGAAUACGGUAUCGAUGUUACCACUCAUCAGUUUGAGCCUUGGAUUGAGCAGAUCACCUCAUUCGAGUACGAUCCUAACAAGAGUUUCUUCGAAAUUCUUGUCCCAACUAGUGAUACAGUCAAGUACAAGUUCAUCUUGAAGACUCUUAUGUUCAACGGCUAUAAUGUGCUUAUUACUGGAGAAACCGGAGUUGGUAAGUCUGUCAUUACCAAGGACUUCUUGUUCACCACUCCUGAAGAUAUUGUCUAUGCCUUCAUUAACUUCUCAGGUAAGACUACCACCAAGAAUCUCUAAGAUGCAUUCGAGGGUAAUCUUGAAGCAAAGAGAAAGACUUUACUUGGUCCACCAGGUGGUAAAAAGAUGAUCUUCUUCAUCGAUGAUGUUAACAUGCCACAGCUCGAUACUUAUGGCUCAUAACCACCUUGCGAGCUGUUGAGACAAACCAUCGACUCCACUGGUUUCUAUGAUACUAAGAAACUUAUAUUCAAGUAAAUCAAGGACACCAGAUUCGUUUGCGCUUGCGCUCCCCCAGGUGGUGGUAGAAACGCUGUGACUCCCAGAUUAUUCAGACACUUCAACAUGAUUUGGGUCCCUGAUCUUUCACAAAACUCUAUGAGAACUAUCUUCACCUCAAUCCUCAAGGGUUUCUUGGACUAAAAUGAGCAAUCAGGUUUAAACAUCUUUGCUGAGCCAAUCAUUAAGGCCUCAGUCGACAUUUACACAAAGACAAUUAAGGACUUCCUCCCAACUCCCACUAAGUGCCAUUACACUUUCAACUUAAGAGAUCUGUCUAAGGUCGUUCAAGGCAUGUUGAUGAUUAACUUAGAAAAUCUUGAAAACAAGGAGUAUUUGGUAUAUCUCUGGGUGCAUGAAUUGUUCAGAGUGUUCAGAGAUCGUUUAGUCGAUGACAAGGAUAGAACAAAAUUCAGUUAACUAGUACAUGAAAUCCUAGAAAGCUAUUUAGAUAUGGAAUGGCAACUAAAAGACUAUCAAGAUGUUCUCUUUGGUGACUUUGAAGCUGGAGAUAGAUAGUAUCUCAAGCUUAGCGAGACUAAUGUUCUUAUUCCAAGACUAGAUGAAUAAUUGGAACUAUACAACAAUGACAACCCAAGAAUGAACCUUGUGUUCUUCUCUGACUGUAUUCAGCAUUUAGCCCGUAUUUCAAGAGUCUUAAGACAGCAAAGAGGUAACUCACUAUUGGUUGGAGUCGGUGGUUCUGGCAGAAGAUCUAUGGCCAAGCUCGCCUCAAGCAUGAACUCAAUGAAGACUAUCUCAAUUGAGAUCACCAAGAACUACAGAGAGAAGGAAUUCCACGAAGAUAUCAAGAAAUUGCUUAUGGACAGUGGAGUUAACAAUGAGCCCAGAGUCUUCUUAUUCAGUGACACCUAGAUCGUCAAAGAAAGUUUCUUAGAAGACAUCAACAACUUACUCAACAGUGGAGAGGUUCCAAACUUGUUCCCUCCAGAAGAAAAAGCCUAGAUUUGUGAUGAAGUCGCUCCAAAAGCCAGAGAAGCCAAAGUAGGAGAGAACAGAGAUUAAAUCUAUGCUUACUUCGUCUAGCUUUGUAGAGAAAACCUUCACAUCGUGUUGGCAUUCUCUCCAGUCGGUGAGAUGUUCAGAAACAGAUGCCGUCAAUUCCCAUCAAUCAUCAACUGUUGCACAAUUGAUUGGUACAACCCAUGGCCCUCUGAAGCCCUCUACUCUGUCGCUCACAGAGAGUACAGUGAGAAUGAGAUCCAACUCGGUAUUACAGACUUCAUGGACAGUCUUUGCCAGAUGUCAGUCGAGAUCCACAAUAGUGUCAGCGCUUCCUCAGAUAGAUAUUUCGCUGAGCUGAGAAGAAGAAAUUACACAACUCCAACAUCUUAUCUUGAUCUUAUCAAAACUUACAAGGAGAUGCUUAAGACCUAGAGAGGUAUUGUGCCACAGAAAAUCUCAAGAUAUCAGGGAGGUCUGACUAGACUAUCUGAAACCAAUAAGAUGGUCGACGACUUGAAGGCUAUGCUUAUCAAACUGAGACCUGAGAUCGAUCGUAAGGAAGAAGAAACACAAAAGCUGGUGGUAGAUUUAGAGAAAUAACAAAAGAUUGCUGCUGAGCAGGAGAAGAUCUCUGAGAAGGAAGAAGCUGAAACUCAGAAGCUAUUUAAUGAGGUCAUGGCGAUUAAGACUGAUUGCGAGGGAGAACUCCAAAAAGCUAUGCCCAUUUACAGAGAAGCCUUGGCUGCUCUUGAUACUCUUAACAAAGGAGAUAUCAUUGAAAUGAAGUCUUAUCCUAAACCACCCGAUGAUCUAGUUCUAGUUAUUUCAGCUGUGUGUCUAUUGAUGGACGUAAAGGAGAAUUGGGAUGAGGGUAAGAAACUCAUGAACAAUCCAGAAAACUUCAUUAACAUGUUGAAGGGUUUCAACAAAGACUAGAUCAAGGAAUCAAAGUUGAAGAAACUUAAGAAAUACACCUAAGAUCCAAAGUUCAACCCAUCUCUUAUUGAGAAGAAGUCUUAGGCAGGUAAAUCUAUUUGUCUCUGGUGUAAGGCUAUUGAUAACUACUCUGAAGUGCUUAAGAUCAUCAAGCCCAAACAGGAAGCUCUCGGUAAAGCAGAAGGUGAACUUAAGGUAGCUCAGGACGAACUCAAGACUAAAUAAGCCAGUCUUUAAAAGAUCAGAGAUAUGAUUGCUGCUUUGCAAGCCAACUAUUCUGCAAGUCAGAGAAAACUCGAAGACUUAACCAGACAAAAGGAAAAGAUUGAGGUAUAACUCGGCAGAGCUGAGAAGCUUGUCGUCGGUCUGGCAGAUGAGAGUAAAAGAUGGGCUUAAUAAGUCAAAGUGCUUGAAGUCGAUCUUGUUAAUUUGAUUGGUAACAUCAUACUGGCUGCUGGUUACAUAUCCUAUGUGGGCACGUUCACCUCUAAGUACAGAGAACAACUUCUCAAAGAGUGGAUGUAAUUCAGUAAAAACAAAAAGAUUCCUUUCUCACAUGACUUCACAGUAGAAAGAGUCCUUGGAGAUCCAGUCCAAAUCAGAGAGUGGAACAUUUGUGGUCUGCCAGCUGAUAACCUAUCAGUAGAAAACGGUAUCAUCGUCACACAGGCAAAGAGAUGGCCACUGAUGAUCGAUCCACAAUCCCAGGGUAACAAAUGGAUCAAAAAUAUGGAGAAGGAGAACAACAUGCAAGUCAUCAAGCUAUCAUAUAAUAAGUUCCUUCAAGUAGUUGAAAAUGGUAUCAGAAUGGGUCAACCAGUGCUCCUUGAGAACAUUGAUGAGUCCUUAGAUCCAUCACUUGAACCAGUCCUUCAAAAGAAUCUCGAAAAAAUUGCAGGCCAGUGGAUGUUGAAGGUCGGAGAUACAAUGGUACCAUACAGCAACGAUUUCAAGUUCUACAUCACCACAAAAUUGUCCAACCCUCACUACUUGCCAGAAAUCUGUAUUAAGGUGACCAUUAUCAACUUUACUGUCACACCAGAGGGUCUAGAAGAUCAACUGCUAGUCGAUGUCGUCAAGUACGAGCAACCAGAGCUAGAGCAGCAAAAAGAUCAACUUGUCGUUUAGCUGAGUGACUUCAAGAGACAACUGAAGGAAUUAGAAGAUAAGAUUCUCAAGCUAGUCAGUGAGGCAUCAGGCGAUAUUCUCGAUGAUGAAGAGCUUAUCAUUACUUUGGAUUAGAGUAAACAGACAUCAAUAGCAAUUAACGAAAGAAUGGUUGAAGCAGAGCAAACAGCCAUCCUGAUCAAUGAGAACAGAGAAAAGUAUCGUAUGGUCGCCAGAAGAGGUUCAGUUCUGUAUUUCGUUAUCGCCGAUCUGUCACUGAUUGACCCUAUGUAUCAGUACUCACUUGAGUUCUUCAGCAGACUCUUCAACAGAAGACUGGACAAGUCAGAAAAGAGUGACUAACUAGAGAAACGUCUUAGCAUUUUGAUAUCAGAUAUCACUGAGUCAUUCUUCAUCAACAUCUGUAGAGGUCUUUUCGAAAGAGAUAAGUUGCUUUAUGCCUUCUUGAACUCCUCCAGUAUUCUCAGAAGAAGCGGAGCCAUUAGCAUUGACGAGUGGAACUUCUAUCUAAGAGGUUCAAGCACUGACUUCUCCUCAUUUGAAAAAGAUGUUGACUACAUCUCAGAAGCAAUAUUCUUCAAGUUACUUGGACUUGAGGAAACUCAUUACAAUUUUAAAGACAUUUCACAGUCCUUCAAAGAUAGAGUCGACAUGGUGACUUGGAAGGAUAUGCUAAAAUCAGAAGAUCCACAUUUGAUCCCUCUCCCUCAAGCAUUUGAAGAUAGACUCACACCAUUCUAGAAGCUUAUGCUCAUCAAGGUCAUGAGAGAAGAAAAAUUGAUAUCUGGAAUUAAAGAAUUUGUCAAGAGUGAGCUAGGUGAGAAAUUCAUUGAAAGUCCACCAUUCGAUCUUAUGGGUGCUUACUCAGAUUCAAUGAACACCACUCCAAUUAUUUUCGUUUUAUCACCAGGCGCUGAUCCCAUUACCUAUCUAGUUAACUUAGCUAAAUCAAAAGGAAUGGAGUUAAGACUUAAAAUUUUAUCACUCGGCCAAGGUCAGGGUAGAAUUGCUGAGAAACUUAUUGAUGCAGGUCAAAGAGCAGGAGAUUGGGUUUGUCUACAGAACUGUCAUUUGUCAGCCAGUUGGAUGCCAGAACUUGAAAAGACUCAAGAAAGACAAAAUGAAGCUGAAAUGCAUCCAGAGUACAGACUUUGGCUAACUUCAAUGCCAAGCAGAAACUUCCCAGUUCCCGUACUACAAAGUGGAAUUAAAAUUACAAAUGAACCACCUAAGGGACUUAAAGCAAACUUAAAGGGUACUUUCAAUGAAGUAACAGAGGAGGACUAUGAAUCAUGCACUAAGCCAAGAGAAUACAAAAAGCUCUUAUUCGCUCUAGCUUACUUCCAUGCAGUCAUCUUAGAGAGAAGAAAGUACGGUGCUAUCGGUUGGAACAUUCCCUAUGAAUGGAUGAAUUCAGAUUUCAUAACUUCAAAGACUCAACUCAAGAUGUAUUUGAAUGAGUAGCCAGAUAUCCCCUAUGCUGCUCUUAACUAUCUCUGCGCCGAAGUCAACUAUGGUGGUAGAGUUACAGAUGAUAAAGAUAUCAGACUUAUAAAGGCACUUCUUAAGAGAUACUUCUGUGCUGAAAUUAUGAAUGAUAACUAUAGACUUUCCAAACUAGAACACUACUAUGCUCCCCAUGAAGGAACUCUAUCAGAGGUUAAGAAUUACAUAAACUUACUCCCAUUAGAAGAUGAUCCAGAAGUUUUCGGUCUACAUCCAAAUGCUAACAUCACUUUCGAGUAAAAGACAGUCAGAGAAUUUAUGGAGACUAUUCUAUUGAUUCAGCCAAGAAUCUCAGGUGGUAAAGCUGUUAAGACCUCAGAAGAAAUAGUGCAAGAUCUUGCCAGAGAUAUUGUAAACAAACUUCCAAAGAGAUUAGAUAAGAAGAGAGCAAAUGAGCAUACAUUUGCUACAACUGAGACCGGGCAAAUGCUAUCACUCGGUGUCUUCGUUGGUCAAGAAAUCGAUAGAUUCAACAAGUUACUCGGUGUUAUGAGAAGCAGUCUCAUUAAUCUCGACAAGGCUAUUGAAGGUACAGUUGUUAUGUCUAUGGAGCUUGAGAUGAUGUUCAACAACUUCUUGAACAAUAAGGUACCGACACUCUGGGAAAAGGUCGGUUAUCCAUCAUUGAAGCCACUCAGCUCUUGGGUUCUUGAUCUGAUUCACAGAGUCGACUUCAUCGGUAAAUGGCUUUACUAAGGACCACCAUCUACCUAUUGGCUUCCAGCAUUCUUCUUCCCUCAAGGUUUCAUGACUGCUACUCUCCAAUAAUACGCCAGAAAGACCCAAACACCUAUUGAUACUUUGGCAUUCAAAACUCAUGUGAGAGAAUUUUUCGAAGCUGAAGUCAAGGAAACCCCCGAAGAUGGUGUAAAUAUCCACGGGCUUUUCCUUCAAGGAGCGAAAUGGGACUUCAAGAAGAAGAUGGUUGAUGAUUCUGAUCCAAAGGUGCCUAUAAUUAAGAUGCCUGUUAUCUGGCUUGAACCAGUAAUAGAGAAAGAUGUACCAGAGGAGAAGAUCUAUUUCUGUCCUCUAUAUAAGACUAGUGUCAGAGCUGGAGAAUUGAGUACAACAGGUCACUCAACCAACUUCGUACUAUUCUUGCAUUUGUCCUCGGAGGUACCUCAAGACUACUGGAUCAGAAGAGGUGCUGCUCUCCUUUGUAUGACAGAUGAUUGA